AUGAACAAAAGUGGACCACCACCACCUUACGAAUCACCUCCAUAUGCACCACCUGGUUAUUCACAAACAGUGGGUGGUGUUCCACCUGCUAGUCCUUUUACAUCUGCAGAAACUUGUAUGUUUUAUUCUUAUCUUUUAUUAUAACAAAAUUUGUAACUUUACUAAUUAACUAAAAAGAUUAAUAAAAAAAUAUGUUGUUCUUUUAUAGAUACAAACGGACCAACUAUAGUAACAACAAUUGUUCCACUUGGACCAGGAUCAACACACACAAUUUGCCCACAUUGUCAUGCAGAAAUAGAUACUACGACAAAAACAGAACCUGGCAUGAUUGCUUAUAUAUCUGGAGUUGUAAUUGCGCUAAUGGGAUGUUGGUUGGGAUGCUGUUUGAUUCCAUGCUGUAUUGAUGAAUGUAUGGAUGUUCAUCAUAGUUGCCCUAACUGUAAAGCUUAUCUAGGACGUUAUAGGAGAUAA